GACGACUUAUCCAGCUAGCUUAGCCACAGGAUGCUAACGCUGCAGCUAACAGCUGCUAACGUAAAUAAACGUGUGUCUGUGGUCUUUACCGUGACAGCGCUCCUCUGUGGAUCCACCCACAGCUAUAAUGAUGUUAGCUAAACCUCAGUCACCACGAAGACACGAGAAACAAAGCGGACACGCGCGAGCAGCGGAGAGUUUAGCCCUCUGAGAGCCGCAGACUGGAGACACAUUACUGUGGGGAGGGGACACGGGGACUUUAUGGACACACAGCAGGUCCACAGUGUGUGUCACAUAGAGGUAGUUACAUCACCUGAAAGCUGGACACCUGGAGGUUGAUUUAAGAUGUAGCUCAGUGCUGUGGGUCAUUGUUUCCCGUCAUGCAUCUGUAAUAAACACUGUGUUUUGGUGUCAGUGUGUGAAAGAGUGUACAGGGGCUGAGGACAUUACAAUGGGAGUAUAUGAUUAAAAAAUGGUCCAAAUUCCCACAUUAAGACACCAAGGCCGUGAGGAACACCGCAGGAAAAUCCCUGCUGUCAUUUAGGAUCAAAAACUUUUGAUAUUUGGCGGAUUCUGUUCUGGAAACUGCAGAGAAACCUCAUUAUUGACAAUAUAGCUAUGAAAACCAUCCAUCCUCUGAAUGCUGAAGGUCUCCAGGUUGUGUCUGUAAAGUUUCACACUCAUUUCAUUCAGAUAUCUUGAGGCCCUCUCCAGGAAGCCAGCACAACAUGGUUGGGGCGGAUGGAUUCCUGAGGUCCUCUAGUUUCAUGUGAUCCCAGUAUCUUCUCUGUAGCUUUAAACCUCAGCCACCUACAGCCUCUGAAAGUCAGGGGUGGGACCGGGCAGGUGUUCAGCAGUGUGACCAUGUGCUCCUGUCUGCCAGGUGUCAGCAGCGCCACGCCCACGGAGGAGAUGAACGGCGCAGGACACUUGAUGGAUUUCCUGGACGAGCCUUUUCCUGACGUGGGCACGUACGAAGACUUCCACACCAUCGACUGGCUGAGGGAGAAGUCCAGAGACACGGACCGCCACCGCAAGAUCACCAGUAAGAGUAAAGAGUCCAUCUGGGAGCUGAUCAAGAGUCUGCUGGACGCCUGGUCAGGAUGGGUGGUGAUGCUGCUCAUCGGGCUGCUCUCAGGAACGCUGGCCGGCGUGAUCGAUCUGGCGGUGGACUGGAUGACAGACCUGAAGGAGGGCGUGUGUCUGUCGGCCUUCUGGUACAGCCACGAGCAGUGCUGCUGGACGUCCAACGAGACCACCUUCGACGACCGAGACAAGUGUCCUCAGUGGCAGAAGUGGGCGGAGCUUAUGACUGGCCAUGCAGAGGGGGCGGGGGCGUACGUGUUGAACUACUUCCUGUACGUCCUGUGGGCGCUGCUGUUUUCCUUCCUGGCCGUGUCACUGGUUCGAGUCUUCGCUCCGUACGCCUGCGGCUCAGGGAUCCCAGAGAUCAAGACGAUCCUGAGCGGCUUCAUCAUCCGGGGCUACCUGGGGAAAUGGACGCUGCUGAUCAAGACAGUCACCCUGGUGCUGGCGGUGUCGUCGGGUCUCAGCCUGGGGAAGGAGGGUCCUCUGGUCCAUGUGGCGUGUUGCUGCGGAAACCUCUUCUGCAGCCUCUUCUCCAAGUACAGCAAGAACGAGGGCAAACGCAGAGAGGUGUUAUCAGCUGCAGCAGCAGCCGGCGUGUCGGUGGCCUUUGGAGCGCCUAUUGGAGGAGUUCUGUUCAGCCUGGAAGAGGUCAGUUACUACUUCCCUCUGAAGACUCUGUGGCGCUCCUUCUUCGCCGCCCUGGUCGCGGCCUUCACGCUGCGCUCCAUCAACCCGUUUGGCAACAGCCGCCUGGUGCUGUUCUACGUGGAGUACCACACGCCGUGGUACAUGGCCGAGCUGGUGCCGUUCAUCCUGCUGGGCGUGUUCGGCGGCCUCUGGGGGACGCUCUUCAUCCGGGCCAACAUCGCCUGGUGCCGGCGCAGGAAGACCACCCAGCUGGGGAAGUACCCGGUGCUGGAGGUCAUCGCCGUGACGGGGAUCACCGCCGUGCUGGCGUACCCUAACCCGUAUACCCGCCGCAGCACCAGCGAGCUCAUCUCGGAGCUCUUCAACGACUGCGGCGCGCUGGAGUCGUCGCAGCUCUGCGAUUACAUCAACAACCCCAACAUGAGUCGGCCGGUGGACGACAUCCCAGACCGACCGGCGGGGCCCGGGGUCUACAACGCUCUGUGGCAACUCGCCCUCGCUCUCGUCUUCAAGAUCGUCAUCACCAUCUUCACCUUCGGCAUGAAGAUCCCGUCAGGUCUCUUCAUCCCCAGCAUGGCGGUGGGAGCCAUCGCAGGACGCAUCGUGGGGAUCGCCGUGGAGCAGAUGGCGUACCACCACCACGACUGGAUCAUCUUCAAGAACUGGUGCCGGCCCGGCGCCGACUGUGUCACACCUGGACUGUAUGCCAUGGUGGGCGCCGCCGCCUGUCUGGGCGGCGUGACCAGGAUGACCGUGUCCCUGGUUGUCAUCAUGUUCGAGCUCACGGGUGGGUUGGAGUACAUCGUCCCCCUGAUGGCCGCCGCCGUCACCAGCAAGUGGGUGGCGGACGCCUUCGGGAAGGAGGGCAUCUACGAGUCGCACAUCCAGCUCAACGGGUAUCCGUACCUGGACGUCAGGGACGAGUUCACCCACCGCACCCUCGCCACGGACGUGAUGCGGCCCCGCAGGAACGACCCCCCUCUGGCCGUCCUCACGCAGGACACCACCACGGUGGAGGACGUGGAGACGCUGAUCAAAGACACCGACUAUAACGGGUUCCCCGUGGUCGUGUCCAGAGAGUCGGAGAGGCUCAUCGGCUUCGUUCAGCGCCGUGACCUCACCCUCGCCAUCAAGAACGCCCGUCAGAAGCAGGACGGCGUGGUGAGCAGCUCUGUGGUCUACUUCACCGAGGACGCGCCGCAGCUGCCGGCCAGCAACCCGCAGCCGCUGAAGCUGCGCCGCAUCCUGAACCUCAGCCCCUUCACCGUCACCGACCACACACCCAUGGAGACGGUGGUGGACAUCUUCCGCAAGCUGGGCCUCCGCCAGUGUCUCGUCACCAGGAGCGGGCGCCUCCUGGGCAUCAUCACCAAGAAGGACGUCCUGCGCCACAUGGCUCAGAUGAUGAACCAGGAUCCAGAGUCCAUCAUGUUCAACUAGCAGACGAGAGACGUGCUUCACUCGUGCGACGGUGUAAAUAGGUGAAAGUGGUGCGACGCUACUGUACUGCAACCUGUGAUUAAUAAGCCCCUCCCACCUCCUGACAGGCAAGUCCUCACCCACCUGUAGUGACCACAGCUCCGCGUGUGCUCAGUGUGACUGCGCUGGAGGAACUGACUUCAGCUAAAACGUUCAUGGCUUCAACAUUUCAGACCCUCAGACCUUUUAUUGUUUGCAGACUGAAAACAGAAAACAGAAAAAGUCUUUAACACUUCUUUACGGAGGACAAAAAUUACUCGAGUAUCAAUGAAUAAAUAAAUGUAAAAAUAAAACCAGAAAUAAUUAAAGAAAUAUGGGAAUAAAAAAAAAAAAAUGAAUGAAAUAAUUACAGAAAUAAAUGAAUGCAUGAAUAAGUAAAACUUGAUAAUUUACAUUUAAAAACAAAAAUUAAUGACUUUAAAAUUAAUUAUUAUUUAUUAAAUUAAUACAUUUUACAUUAACAAGUACAAUUACAUUUUGUAGUUUCUGUAUUUUUUGUCGUCUUUUUAUUUAUUCUUUUAUUGAGUUUAUUUCUGUAUUUAUUUUGUAUUUACUUCAGCAUGUAUUAUUUUAUUUAUUAGUUUCCAUAUUUAUUUAUUUUUUUAUUCCUGUAUUUACUUGUUUAUUGAUAUUCUUUGUCCUCCAUAUUUCCUUACAAUCAUUAUCUGAAAACACAUGGCAUGUUGUCAUAGAAAAAACUGUAGAGCUGAUCGGGAGGUUGAGUAUCAAUAAAUACAUAAAUAUAUAAAUAAAAAAAGGAAUAAUUAAAUAAAUAUGGAAAUAAAUACAUUAAAGAAUAAAUAAAUACCAAAAUAAAUAAAUAAAUGCAGUUGAAAUUCUAAAAAAUUAAUGAUUAAAUUUAUUUCUACGUUUUUGUACCACUACGUUUAGUUGCUUAUGUACUUUUCUGUUUUAUAUAUAUUUUGCAUUUGUUUAUUUCUGUAUUUAUUUAUUCUUUUACUUAUUAAUUAUUCCUGUAUUUAUUAAUUUAUUGAUACUUUUUGUCCUCCAUAUUUCCGUACUAUGGUCAUCAGAAAACACAGCGCAUGUCUCUAACAGUGCGGAGAGUUUAGCUUCGUUAACGUUCAGAGUGCCAAACUCUGGUUCUUCAGUUUCAACAGUGUCGUGAUCAACACUCACACUCGUUGGUUUAGUGCUGCUCGUUUAAUUAACACAUUUAGAAAGCCUGAAAGCUUGAAAGCAUGAUGAAGAAGUAUUUAUAACCUGAAGACGAAGUCGUGGGCAAGUGUGAGGACGUGUCAGUGAGUUGCUCUUGUAGGAAAUUAAUUUGACACUAAGCGUGUCUGGUCAAACAGAAACUGGACGUAUGGAAUAUCAUCUCAGUCAGAAAAAGGUGUGUUUGAAAAUAACCUUACAUUUCAAAAGAGGUGUAAGGGAUUAAUUAUUAAAAUUGUUGCCCAUUCAUUUUGAGUUUGAGGAAAUAAAUAGGGGGAAAAUGCGAAGGGAAAAUAAUACAUAGAUAACUGACUCCAUAAAUAAAUUGACUGAACUUAAGAGAUUUUUAAAUAUACGAUACGAUAUAUAUUGUGUAUCGUGAGAU